UUUUAUUUCGGCAGGAACAGAAAUUAAAAAAAAUAGCCAACCUGUCAGAUAGUCUAAAUAAGUGUAAUUAAGAUUAAAUUAAAGUUUUGAAGAAACAACAGAUAAUUAGACAGAAACAACUCCAGGAGUCUGUUUCCUUUGAUGUCUAGACCACCAAAAAAUGAUAUCACCCCGGUACAUAGAGUUCUGCUGGACUCAACAAUGGCCACUUAAAUAAUUUUAUGCCUCUUGAUCAAUCAUAAAGAAUGCUAUUUAGUUAAUUGAAUAUUAUCAAAGUGAAAACUGAGAUGGCUUUGCCUUUGCUUGCUUGUUUCUAGCCAAUAAUUUUAAAAAACUGUUGCAUCACACAUAUUAAUUAAUAAAUGAAUAGUUUCUUUUCUUCAUAGGAUAGCAAAGACAGAUUGAGCUGUUGUUGAAUCUUAAAAAGCUAAUAGCAUUUUGGGGUUGAUGGUGAUAUGUGCAAUUCAUGUUGUGUAGACAUUAUUGUUUAAAUAAUGAGAAAAAGAAGAGGGCCUGCAAGAGUAAGUGACAAAAGCAACUCAAAUGGAGUUAAAUUAUCUCCUCAAAAGCAAGUAUAAGAUUUCUAUGCACUUGUUUUGGAACUCUUCAUUUUGUGCUUUGUGUUUCUCUGUACAUCCCUUUACUCUCUCUCUCUCUUUCUGGGGGCUUUCUUGGUUAAUAUAAACUCCAUCUUACACGCAUUUCAGAUCAUUCAUAAUCUGUCUUUCGUGCAAUAUAAUCUCCAGGGAUAUGGAGCUUAUGGAAAUCACUUUAUUUUUCGUAAUCAGUCUUUCUUUAAUACUGCAAGCCCCCUUUGCUUCUUCUCUGCAAAUUCAAGUGCAAUCUUCACAUGAAAAAGCCAUUGAAGUACAGCUUGCGGAUCUGCCAACACUGCCCAGAAAGCUCAGAAUCACUGCUGAAGUAUCAGUUACACAACAUGAAGGUACAGACACAAGGUCACGCAACAAGCAGAAGCAUGAGCAUGAGCUUUUUCAAGCUGGGAAGAAGACACACAACAAAGAAAAAGGAGAGAUGCAUGGAAGCAGAGGGACAUGGGAAGAAUGGGUGGAGAGGACAGACACGUCAGAGUAUUUUACGAUGGAUUAUUCUAAUGUAAAACGACGACGUCCCAUUCAUAACAAGGCCUUGCCGGUUGGUCCAUGAAACCUGCCUGAUGCCCCAUAUCUGAGAACAAACUAGUCGAGCUUUUUGGUCACAAUUUUGUAUUUUGUAAUUACGGAAAUGAGGGAGGUGUCGUUUCUUCUUAUGCUUAAUGGCCGACAUUGUGGUUGCAAAUUCUAGGCUCUUUGUUUACUGGUCAAAUGUGGGCUACAAACCCCAAUAUUUUGCUAACACGCUGCCUUUCACAAA